AUGUCGCUCGAACUGUUUGACGUGCCUGAUGUGGAUUAUCGGUACGAAGCCUCGCGGGAGGUGGAGUUUCAACCCGCUUUGACAGGCAUCCAGCCCAUCACGUUCUCCAUUCCUGGCUCGGACGAUUAUUACGAUCUCAAUUCUCUCCGCUUCAAAGUCAAAGUGCGUUUGACCGAUCCAGCCGCUGGGUAUACAGGACUGGAUGCGGGUCUACUCAUUUCCAAUGCCAACGAAACCAGACAUGUCUACUGCGUCAACAAUUUUGGGCAAUCCAUCUUUCGAGACAUUACCAUGAGCAUGAAUGGCGUCCUGGUGACCGAACAGAGCAACACUUACCAUUACAGAGCCUACAUAGAAACCCUGCUGAAUUACAACCGAGAAGAAGGAGCCACCAAGCUAGCCGCCCAAGGAUGGGUCAAUCAGCUGAAUGUAGCAGAAGAAAUAGGAGCCACCGCCGCCAAUUCCGAUGUCCCUGUGGCUGCAAAUUGGAGUGGCAAUGCAGAGUUACGUGCCCUGACCAGCAAGUUACUGAGUGAAAAUUGGCACACCUUCAUCGUUCGCCCCCAUUUGCCCACCCUCCAUACAGGCAAAUUGUUGGUCCCCAAUAUCCAGUUGGACUUUGAACUGUUCCUCAACCCCAAGACCAUCUACCUGAUGGGCUCCCCCAACAAAGGCACCUUGAACGUCAAGAAAAUUCCAGCCAUCCACAAUGAUGACAUCAAAGUCACCUUGUUGAUGAGAAAAGUGACCCUGAAUGCUGCUGUCUAUGUCAGACUGCAAAAAGAAAGACAACUGAACAAACAGAUUGCCCGUUACCCUGUGGUGCGGAGUGAAAUUCGCACCUUUUCCUUUGAUGGACGCACCACCCAAUGGGAACAAGACAAUGUGUUUGUGGGACGAUUUCCUGAUCGAGUGAUUGUCGGAUUAUUGCAUUCGGAUGCCUUCAAUGGAGACCUAGAAAGAUACCCUUUUGCCUUUCAAAAGUUUGGUGUCACCCAAGUACGACAGACCUUGAAUGGAGAAGAAUACCCUUACAGAACCCUGCAAUUGACAGGAGACCAAGCCUAUGAAGAUUUGCUGGGCUACGAUCGAUUUCUACAAGCCAUGGGUGCCUACAAUGAACACAAGAUUCCCAUGCUACUGCCUGGUGAUUGGGGACAAGGCAAGAAUUGUACCUUGUUCAUGUUCAACAAUGUGCCCAGUCAAAAAGCCGAUGACCCUGAAUAUCGCAACCCCCGUCAAUCGGGCAAUACGCGAUUGAUCAUUGAUUUUGCUGCGGCUGUGGGACACAACGUCACCGUCUUGGUAUGGAGCGAGUAUGAAAACAUGUAUGAGAUCAACCAUCUGGGAGGUAUAAAGUACAACAUCAACGGCUGA